UGGUUCUCCCACAAUGCACCUGGGCUACAGAAGGCGCCCUCCAUGCUGCUGCAGUGAAGCUUCAUGUAGCAAACAGAACAAGUUCAUCAUCCAGCUUUAUUGUGUUAAUUAAUCAUCACACAGCAGGUUGGAGUGUGUGUGUUUCACCUUAAUGUAUCAUGGCUCCAUUCGGCUUGAUGACAGUCGGCGCUAAUCUUUUAAGCAGAACUUUGGGUUUGUUUUCGACUGCAGUUAGUGUGAGGUGCUCUUGUGUCACUUCAGCAUUAAAACACUUCAGCACUACAGCUGGUGGUCCUCCAAAAAGACCCCUGACUGCAUACAUGCGAUAUGUGAAGGAACAGCAGCCCAUCGUUGGCAGACAGAAUCCAGACAUCAAAGCUGUGGACGUUGUCCGAAAGAUCGCCCUGCAGUGGAGGACUCUUACAGCAGAGGAAAAACAGCCUUUCGAAGACGCGUCCAUAGCAGCGAGGGAGCAGUACAAAGUUGACGUGAAGGUGUACAAGGAUCAGCUCACGCCUGCGCAGUCUGCAGCUAUCGCAGAGGAGAAAAGACAGAAGAAGGCAAAAAGGCGAGCAAUCAGGAAGAAGAGGGAACUGAACAGUCUCGGCAAACCCAAACGCCCCAGAACGGCCUUCAACAUCUUCAUGGCAGAGCACUUUGAAGAAGCAAAAGGGAGCACGAUGCCGGGCAAAAUGAAGUCUCUGUUUGACGACUGGAAGAGUUUGUCCUUAUCACAGAAACAAAUAUACACACAGCUAGCAGAGGAUGAUAAAGUACGUUAUAAAAAUGAGAUGAAGGCGUGGGAGGAGCACAUGACUGAACUCGGGAGGGAGGAUCUGGUCCGACGGAAGGAGUCACGACGCAAGAAAGCAGCGACUAAAAGAGGCAAAAAGAAAUCGAGAGUUAAAGUGUUGAAGGCCAAAGCGCCUGAUAAGAAAACAUCAGAGGGGAAAAAGACUGUUUCUGCUGAAACAAAAAAAACAAGUAGCACUAAGAAGUGAGCGUUUUCUCUGAGGUGUAAGCCGUCCUUAUUAAAGCCGCUUUAGAAAGACGUACACAUCUCCGAUUGGUGCUCAGCGAUGAGUGAUAUUUUAUACUGUGACACAAAAAAAGGCCAGUUUUGUGGUGACGUCUUUGCUUAAAUACACAUCCAUCACACAUCGGACGCAACUGAACCUGAGUUUCUACAACUACUGCGUUUGCUUUUGUUUAUUAUGAAGUUACUUAUAAUUGUAAUCCUUACAUUUAUUUUAUUUUGCUUUGUAGAACACAUCCAGUUCUGGAUCAUAUGAAAAAAAAAUCCCAGUAUUCAUUUUCUGUAUCACAUCUUUACUUAAUAAAUAUCAACAUUUUCUAUCAAAACAAGCACCACAAAGUAUCUACACAGUCAAUUCAGAUUACAAUAUUACAUUAAAACAGGAAGUGAUUAUGUGACAAAGUCCAGACAUUUCAGCUGAAACCCCAAAUAAACAUUAUGACUUUUUAAGCCUUGA